CCGACGACUUGCAACUCGCAUUUCUCAUUCUCCCUCAUCUCGCGCAUCUUCAUCUCUCGUCCAUGGCAUCACCCUCAUACCCCAGCGGCACUGCCGCAGCCUCUCCUUCCGAUAUCCCCCCAUACCUCGUCCCCGUCGUCCUUGUCCUCGACUCGACCUCGAAAUACCUCAUCCGGGCUUGGCAACACGUCCCCGGCUCUGCCAUCAUCGGCCGCUACGUCCAGAGCUCGUACCAGAAUGAUCCAUGGCGGUCACUUCUCGAGGUCUGCCUUAUCGCUUUUGCGCUCUUCACACUGCUGAAGGGGCGCACCCGUGGUGAAGGUGAAGGGAAUAGCCUCAAACUCAGCGAAAAGGAAAUCGAUGAGCUCGUCGAUGACUGGAAGCCUGAGCCGUUGCUCAUCGACCUCACCGACCUCGAGCGCGGGACACUGGCAAGUGUGCCGACCGUGUACGGCCAGAAUGGCGCACACGUCAAGCUCUCCCCAAAUGGCAAGCCGGUGAUCAACAUGGCCAUCUACGACUGGCUGGGAAUGGUAGAGAACGACCAGCUCAAAGAGGUCGCGAUCAAGACGCUGCGCGAGUACGGCGUCGGCUCGUGUGGUCCUAUGGGCUUCUACGGUACCAUUGACGCGCACACGGCGUUCGAGGAGGACAUUGCCGAUUUCCUCGACGUUGAGAGCGCCAUUAUCUACGCGCAGGCCUUCUCUUCCGUCUCUUCCGUUAUUCCCGCGUUCGCCAAGCGCGGCGACAUUAUCGUCGCUGACCGUGGUGUCAACUUCGCCAUCUGCAAGGGUUUGCAGCUCUCGCGCUCGACAAUCCGAUGGUAUGCGCACAACGACAUGGAAGACCUUGAGCGUGUGCUCAACUCGGUCGCGCGCGAGAUUAAGCGCAAGGGCGGCAAGCUCACAAGGCGUUUCAUUGUCACCGAGGGUGUCUUUGAGAAUGACGGAAUGAUGGUCAACCUUCCCCGCAUUAUGGAGCUCAAGAAGCAGUUCAAGUACCGUCUGAUUCUGGACGAGUCGAUGUCGUUCGGCAUGGUCGGUGCCCACGGUCGCGGUGUCACUGAGAAGUACGGCGUCCCGGCCAGCGAGGUCGAGAUUCUCGUUGGCUCGAUGGGCAACGCCCUCGGCGCCGGCGGUGGCUUCUGCGUUGGCUCGCGCCAUGUCACGGCGCACCAGCGCAUCAACUCGGCCGCCUCCGUCUUCUCCGCCGCUCUGCCAGCCAUGCAUGCGACCGUGUCCGCCGAGGCCAUCCGCAUCAUGCAGGCCCGCCCUGACCUCAUCCCCAAUCUCCAGGCCAACGUGCAGGCGUUCCGCGCGCAGCUCGCGCGCAUCGAGACAGCCCCCGAGGGCGCUCCGGAGAACCGCGAUGCGCUCGUCUCCAUUCCUUCGCAUCCCGAGAGUGCGCUCAUUCACAUCUUCCUCCAGACACCUCCGCCAACAGUCGAGGAAGAGGAGGCGCUCCUGCAAGAAAUCGUCGAUGACGCGCUCGCCUCGGGCGUGCUCGUCACCCGCGCCCGCCGCCUCCGCGGGCAGGAGCCGAUUGAGCCUGAGCCCAGUCUCAAGAUUACAAUCUCGGGCAACAUGAGCCGCAAGGAGGUCGAGAAGGCCGGCAAGGUGUUGCGUGAUUCCAUCACCAAGAUUGUGCGCAAGGCUUAGGGAGGCCAGGCUGCGGAUCCUUGACAUGUACGCUGUGUCCCAGUAGAUUAUACAUCGUAGUACUCAUGCAUCGCGUGACUAAUGGCGGCAUGGGACGUGAGCUAUGUGAGGGUCCCUGUGACUGACAUGCUGAGCCGGGGUGCUGGAUAUCUCGCCAGCUGGUCAGAUGCGAGGGCCUUGCGCGAUAUAACGAGGCCGCGCAAACGCG